AUGUGCACGUCCCGGCUCUUCACCCUCGUCCUGGUGGUGCAGCCGCCCCGCAUCCUCCUGGGCAUGAAGAAACGCGGGUUUGGAGCCGGGCUCUGGAACGGCUUCGGGGGGAAGGUGCAGCCGGGAGAGAGCAUCGAGGAGGCUGCUCGCAGGGAGCUCCUGGAGGAAAGCGGACUGACCGUGGACACCUUGCAGAAGAUGGGUCAGAUCACGUUUGAAUUUGUAGGCAACUCUGAACUCAUGGAAGUUCACAUCUUCCGGGCAGAUCAUUUUCAUGGAGAGCCAACAGAAAGUGAUGAAAUGCGUCCGCAGUGGUUUCAGCUGGAUGAGGUGCCGUUCAGUCGCAUGUGGGCAGAUGAUAUCUAUUGGUUUCCCCUACUGCUUCAGAAAAAGUUGUUUCGUGGCUAUUUUAAGUUCCAGGGACAAGACACAAUCCUAGAGCACACCCUGAAAGAAGUGGAGGAACUUUAA